CGAGCCUUUAUAGCGCCGCUCUGGGCAGCCUGGCUCCUUUUCCGCACCAGCUCUUGGGCGGAGAGACCCUGCUUGGGAGCCCUGCUUGGACCCGGAGCCUCCCUGGCUGCCUCCCUCUGGCUCUCCUGCCUCCCUUGCUGCUCUCUUCUUUGGCCACCAACUUUGCUUCCCCUUCCCUCUCUGCUGCUGCUGCUGCUCCUCUGGUUCUCAUCUUCCAUCCGACCUUCCUCCUCCUCUUCUUCUUCUUCUUCUUCUCCCUGCUUUUGUUCGGCUGCUGAGAAAACCCAGAGCCCCGUCCAGCUGGAAUGAAUAUAUCUGAGCCCCCUUUCUCUCCAGAGGACGCCGCCCCGAGAGGAGCCCCAGCAGGAGGCCGCUUUUCAUGGGGAGCCCCUCCGCCUCCUCCGCCGCCCCCGCAGCCCUCUUCCGCACCGCUCGCCGCGCCCGCUUCUGACCCGGGACAGCAAGGCUACUUCCCCGCGCAGCAGCCCCUCCGACGCCGCCUGGCUCCCGAUCCUGCUCCUGCCUCCUCCUCGCCCUCCUCCUCCUCCUCCUCCUCCUCUUGCUGCAGCCGCAGCCCCAGCCCCGACCGGGCCUUCGCCUUCCCAACCGGAGCCUCGGGCGGAAGGCUUCUGGGGGCGGCAGCCAGCCGCUCGCCCAGCCCCGCGGAACCAGAGGAGAAGGGCUAUGGCUACCGGAGCAGCAGCAGCAGCAGCAGCGGGGCGAUCGGCAAAGGCCUCCUCGGGGGCCCAGGAGCAGCAGCCCCGGCGGUCAGCGAGGAGUCCCGCAUCCGGCGCCCCAUGAACGCCUUCAUGGUCUGGGCCAAGGACGAGCGGAAGCGCCUGGCCCAGCAGAACCCCGACCUCCACAACGCCGUCCUCAGCAAGAUGCUCGGCCAGUCGUGGAAAGCCCUCAGCGCCAAUGACAAGCGUCCCUUCGUUGAAGAGGCGGAGAGGCUGAGGAUCCAGCACCUGCAGGAUCACCCCAACUACAAGUACCGCCCCAGGAGGAAGAAGCAGGCCAAAAAGAUCAAGAGGAUGGAACCCAACAUCCUUCUCCACAACCUCUCCCAGCCUUGCAAUGACAGCUUUGGGAUGAACCACCGUGCCUCGGGGGGCAUGGUCCACCCAGCCCACUCCCAGCCUCCUCCGCUCAACCACUUCCGAGAACUCCGCUCGGUGGGCUCCGACAUGGAGAACUAUGGCCUGCCGACCCCAGAGAUGUCCCCUUUGGAUGUCUUGGAGCAGAGUGAGCCAGCCUUUUUCCCUCCUCACAUGCAAGAGGACUGCAACGUGAUGCCCUUCCGGAGCUACCACCACCACCCACCACCACCACCACCACCACCUCCUCCUCAGAUGGAGUUUUCACCUGAGAAAGCCCUGGGGAGGAACAUGCCGAUGGGCUACCCUCCCAACACAUCGACACACCUGGCCGAGGCCAUGAGGACUCCCCACCCACCUGGUAUGUACUACAACCAGAUAUGUGCUGGAGCCACCAAUGGGCUUUCUGCCCACCUUGGCCAACUCUCCCCACCUCCUGAAUCUCAACAUCUGGAUGGUGUGGAGCACAUAAAUCCCAACGAGUUUUGGACCGAAGUUGACCGGAACGAGCUCGACCAGUAUUUGAAUAUGAGCAGGACUCGUCCCGACCCACCGGGAUUUGCUUAUCAUGUUUCCAUGUCCAAAGUAACUCCUCGAAGCCUCUCCUGUGAGGAGAGCAGUUUGAUAUCAGCCUUGUCUGAUGCCAGCAGUGCUGUCUAUUAUAGCACCUGUAUUACCGGGUAGGGCUAGUCCUUCCUGGUAUGUGUUCACCCAGGGGAGAGGUUCAGGGCAUAUCUACCUUACAAGCUGGACCUGGUUCAACAAUCAUUUCCUUUUGCCAGGGAGCCCUGGGAACACCGACAGGGACCAGGGGAUCUGCAGCUCCAUGAUCAGCAUUGUCCCCUAACUCCAAUUCCCAGGAUUCUUUGUGCAAAGCUGUGACGGUUAAACUGGUGUAAAUUUCAUGUAAGCUUGAAGCGUAUAUGUUCCCUUAUGACCCAGUAGCAAGGAAGGCAUGGUACACAGAUGCUAAUUAGGGUUGCCAGGUCUCAGGGUCCUGCCUGGAGCUCCCAGGUUUGGGUUCAGAUUCUCCUUUUUUUCAUGGGGUCAGCUAUGGAGGAGAGAGAAAGGCUACAUCUGCACUGCAGAAUUAAUGCAGUUUGACAUCACUUCAACUGCCAUGGAUCAAUGCUAUUGAAUUCUAUGAUCUGAAGUUUUGUGAGUUAUUUAGCCUUCUCUGCCAGAGAGCAUUGGUAUCACAGCAAACUACAAAUCCCAGGAUUCCAUAGCAAUGAGUCACAGCAGUCAAACUGCAUUAAUUCUGAAGCCAGAGUAGCAUGCAAACCUUCAGUCAGGGUCUUUUAGCUCAUUUGCAAAUGUUAAUUGAUUUAAAUCAAGUGUAGCAGUUUGCAAAGACCUUUAACUUCCAACUAGAAAAAUAGGUUCUCUCUGUGUGUGUUUGAAUGGAGAGCUGUGAGCAACUGUGGCUGCACAUAAUGCUCCUUAGGAUUCAGGUUUUUACCUGGAAAUCUCAGGGCUAAGGAUGAUCUUGACCUGGCAACCCUAAUUGCUAAUCUUAUUUUCUCAAGACAGUGUAGUUUCCUACUUUGGUGGUGGCCUAGGAUUCAAAUAGCGAGGGAGGGAAACUCACCCUGAAAUGUAAAGGUGAAAACCCACCCUCCAACUUGGUCCACAAGCCCCUGUUGCUGUCUAGAUUCUUGCCCAUUGAUAACUAACCAGGCUCUGCAGCUGUGUGCAUUUGUUGACAAGCAAAGAGCAAAACAAAUAUAGCCGGGCUGGGCAAAGUGCAGUCUUUGGUCUCCAAACUUUCCAAACCACUUUUUGUCCAGCCAGAAAUCAGAGAGUGGAUUGCCUCUCUCCAAAGCUUACCAAGGAUGAAUCCAAACUACACAGUCAUAGCAGUCGGGGCUACUUUCACUGCCAUUGCUUCAUCAUAUAGAAUCCUGGGAUCUGUAGUUUCAUGAGGUGCUACAGAGCUAUAGUCUGUUCCCCUGAACUGCAAUGGUACCCUGAGAAAGAGAAAUGAAGCCAGGGUGCCUGGAGAACUGCAGCUGAAAGGAGGGUAAUAGAGCUCUAAAGCAAAUGAUUCGAAGUGCUGCCCAAACAACAAAUCCCAGGUUUCCAUAGGCUGGAGCAAUUGUGGUUAAAGUGGAUCCAAACUGCUGUAAUUGUACAGUGUAGAAUAAACCAAGAAUGGCAAUUAAUCCUUUAAACAGAUUGCCACCCAUACCACUAAACUGUUUAAUACAGAAAAUGCCCACUUUGCAAAACUAGAAGUGGACUUUCAACCACUUCUGUAUUUUUCUUUCCAUUAUUUUGGUCUUUUUUGUCAACCCGUGUGACCCACCUGUGAUUUUUGAGCAGAAUUUCCCCCCCCCCCCCGAACCACUGCAGUCGCCCAAUCCUGUUUACAGGAAUUUUCAAACUAUGGCUAUGAAGAACUGACAGCUUGGCACGUCUGUCGUUGUGUCCUAAACAGGACUUGGGGUUCCUACCAUUGAAAAUGAGGGACUAUGUUGUAUAGAAGCAUCUCUUCAGGCAUGACACUCUCAGUGUACACUUAAGGACUUUUAAAUGUAAAUCUACAAGUGCAAAACUCUUAACCAAUGUGUUUGCAGACACAUGCAUCAUGUUUCUUAGUGAGCUGAGGAUGGACACAGCUCCCUGACAGAAUUCAGAGCUUGGAAAAGUUACUGGGACUUUUAUAGUGCAUUUCCCAAUGUCUGACAAGAGUGUGAUGGAUAGCAGCUGCCAUGACAGGUGUUUAGAAGUGCCUUCAAUUCUGUGCUUUGCAAGUUCAGCCAAAGCAGAGGACAGACGCUUGCCUCAUUUAUGAUGCUGUGGAUACUAUUACUAGUCCUGAAUAUGGUGGGAAUUAACACAGAACAUGGGCCAACCUCCCCUGGACACUGAUGCUCAGUGCUCAUGAAAAGCCAAGGUAACAACCCUUGCAUGUUCCAAGGUUGCAGCCCUCUCAUGCCCCUCAAAUGCCUUCCUGUGCACCAGGCUUCCAAAUCCUCUCCCCUUAUCUGUGAACACUGACCUAUUUAGAUAAGUUCAUUAAAUGCAUUGCUUUUUUUUAAGGGAAAAAACCCACGCUAAACCACUGAUAUACUGUAUUGCUAUGUAGCACAAAGAUACGGACUUUCCAAAGCAGAAAGAAACUGCAUUUAUAGAUUGCCAUGGACCGUUUUCUUGAACUUUUGGUGGGUAUGUUGAGGAUGAAAGUUUGGCAAAUGCAGUUUCUCAUCUCCGUUCAGCACUCUGACCUAACACUGAUAGGAAUGCUGUCUUCAUGUGCAUUUGCUCUCCUCCCAAACUCGCAAUAUCAGCUUCUUUAUCUACAUAACUGGAGAAAUUGGGGCAACAACAUUUGAUGCUUUGCAUUCAAGGAGGGGAAAGUGGCUGUCACAUCUUGAAGUGAGAUUGCCAAUUUGCCCAAAGGUUAUGGACAGAUAAAACUUGUGGAUUUGGAAAAGCACCUAAACCCCUAUUGCAUCCAUGUGGCAUGUGCAAUCUGCAAUUCACUGAGAAAUACUGCAUGUUGUAAUGACCAAAGGUUUGGACUCCGAGUGCAUCAGGAGAAAGUUACAGUAUGUGUCCCUAAAAUUCACUGGAAUAAAAUUUAUCAGGCAGUGAACACAUUGAUGGUAGUGGGUUUUGAGACCAUUCAAGGAAAGAAUGUUAUGCUGAAACUAGCAAACUAGCAAAGGUUGUGAUAAGAGAAGGAUUUCAUACAAACCUGGGGAAAGUAAAUUUCCCAAGUUAUGUUGGCUAAAUUGGUGCAAUGUAUAAUGAAGGAAAAGCAAGUUUUAAAAAGUCUUUGCAAGAUCUGUACAUUUUACAGAUGGUCUCUUUAGGUUUGCAUUACUCCCUGGAUUGUGGCCCUUUUCACUGCCAGUUCACCAAAUUCAGUUAUUCAAGAGAUUUAGGAAACCACCCACACACCAAUUUUAUUGGCCUUCUGUUGCCUGUGCAGAUAGGCUGUCCAUCUAGCUAUACUCCAGAAAUCAGCAAGAUUUAUUAUUCAAGAAAAUCCCUUUAGGACUGGGCUGGUAAUCCAUCUGAGAAUUAUUACAUUGGCUCAGGUAUUGUGUGUGGAAGGGUUUCCCUUGGCAAAAUCUGCAAAAUUGCACAGAGGUAAAUCCAUAGACUUUGCAGUCUCACUGAUGCAUGCAUUGCUAUGUACAGUAUUUGGAGCUGUCUUACCCUGUGGCAAACCAGUGAUUAUGUAUUUAAUUCAGUAGUAUCCCAGUAGCAGUUUUUCAAGAUCUCAGAGAGGCUUCCAAAGAGGCCUUUAGAAUAUUUUUAGCGGUUGUGCCAGGGUCCAAAUAGGAGACCUUCUGUAUGCAAAGCAUAUGCUCCACCAUUGAGCUGUAGCCAGUCUUUAAAAGAUGGAGAUGUCCCAGUCUUAAUAUGUUCGUCAAGAUACAUGCUAUAUCUAUCAAAACUGAUGCUUUCAGAGUUGGAGUUGUAGGGCUCAAACGACAAGGCAUUCAAAAUCUAGAGGGAUUCUAUUGCAGUGACUGUUGAGAAUACUUUCGAGGUGCUCUCACUGACAUAUUUUUCACUGUUAUCAAGAGUAUUAUCUUUCAUUUGAACCAUAGGACUCUAUUUUUAUUAAGCCUUUUUUUAAAAAGUAUAUUAUCCAUUUAUCUUAUCUACCAAUAAUAUUUAAUUUGUUCAACCGUUUUAUACUAUCGUCUCAAUUUCUGUAACUCUUUUUGGUAAAAAAAAUCAAAGGAUAUCUGUGCUGUUGGAAGGAUUUAUGUAGCAAGACUGGACUUAAAAAAGUAAAUUGAACAGAGGGGGAUAUGGGCAGAUUGGUGUAAAAUCAUAAGGAAUUUGGAGAUAAGGUGAGAAUUUUUCUUGCCAAGACUGGCGUGGAGAGUAAGAAUAGGUCCGGAUCCAGUGGGAUGUUCUCUAUUGAAAUAAAAUGGCAGCUUUGAAAGAGCAAUGCUAUAGCUUGCAUUCAAAGGCAUCCCAUUCAAUUGGGCCCUAAACUUUAUCACUCAGUGGUAAAUUAUUAAAACAUCUUUUCCUAAUUCCUCAACUCUCAUGAGCUUGUUAGAAGAACACAUGUUUCUCCCCCAAAUAAAUGUUGCCCCCAACUGUUUCCAGAUUUUUUUUUGGCAGCCGAUGCCUGUUUAGACUUUGCAUCGGUUUCAAGGGGAACACCUCCCACUAAGUAUUGGAGGGCGGUUUGGGUGGGGGAAGAGUAAGAGAGAUAUGAAAGACUUGGUGAGAUCAUUACUCAGGUUGGCCAACGGCAGGCAAAUCUCCGUGCCUGUUUUUCACUGCCGUACGUUGUCAGAGUGUUUAGAUGGACAUGCCAUCUGUUCUCAGAUUUGAAAAACCCAGUCCUCUAAUAAAACACCACGAUAUCCUUUU